AUGUCGUAUGAUAUUCCCUCACCGAUUCCAAUGAAGGUUACCCCGGAGACAACCCUGUCUGACGUCAUAGAGGCAACCAUUCUAGAUGGAGUCACCGAACUUGAUGAUCUGCUGGAUUUCCUGUCUGACACAGUGGCGCCACAUGGUACUACUACUCAAACACAUAGCGAGACCACUACUACCAACCCUCACCCAGAGACCACUACUACCAACCCUCACCCCGAGACCAACACUAACAACCCUCACCGGGACAUCACCAACAACACUCACUACGAGACCACCACCAACCCUCACCGAGACAUCACCAACAACACUCACUACGAGACCACCAACACUCAAUACGAGAUCACCACCACCAACCCUCACCGAAACACCACCAUCAACUCUAACUACGAGACCACCACCAACCCUCACCGAGAUAUCACCAACAACCCUCAAUACGAGACCACCACCACCAACCCUCACAGAAACACCACCAAAAACCCUCACCCCGAGGCCAUCACUACCCAUCCUCCCUGCGAUACCACCACUACUCAAGCACACCAAGAAUCCACCACUACCCGCCCUCACCAAGAAUCCACCACUACACUCGCUCACCAAGAUUCCACCACUACCCGCCCUCCCCAAGACAUCACCAUUGACAGCCUUCUCAGAGAAACCACUACUCACAACAACUCUACUCCACAAAAGAAGUCUGCCCGCAGUCCCAUCUCCGAAUCCAGACCUGACUCCAUCUUCAGUUUGCUGUCUUCCAACUCGCCACCAUCCACUCCUCUACUCAACCACCCUUUCUUCUGUGAGCUCCGAACUGUCCUCCUUGAUGAAUGUAAGAAGUCCGCCACACCCAACUCCCUAUUGUCUACCUUCCAACCUAAGUCCUACUCCACUGUGUCCGACAGAGAGCGCCGACUACAGCAGAUGUUCAAGAGACUUCACAGUGUCCAUGGUGAUGAAAUCCAGCAACUGUCCAGCUUCUACAGGUACCAGGCCGGAGCAGUGGAAAUGGAACGUCUACAGAGCCUACAAGACAGUCCUACUGCCUACCACCCAUCUGUCAACAGUUACUAUGACAACCAACUUCACCUCAUCAUGGACCGUGUAGAGACUAGCCUCGACGGACUUGAUACCACCAAUCGUGAGAGAACCCGCCACCAGAGUGAGCCACUGACAGCCCCGAGUCGUCCACUGUCCAGACCCGUUCUGUCCCGGAAGGCCGUCAGACUGAUGGAAGAAUGGUAUUACCUCAACACUGAGCAUCCCUACCCGUCACCAGAUGUCAUUUACCGCCUCGCCGAGCAAGGUCACAUCAAGGAGGAGCAGGUGAAGAAGUGGUUCAGUAACAAGAGAAGUCGUACACACAACACCAAGACACUCUCCGAGAUCUCCAAGAGACGCCGCCGACCCCAGGGAUCCCCUGGCGUGAUCUACCUACCCAGCUUGGACUAUUUUUGA